AUUGAAUUAUUACAAUGGAACCGAAUGCGAAAAGACCAGUUCCAGUUGCUGACCAGACAUCGUCCGGAUCAGCAGCAAUGGCGACUCCUCCCUUCAAGAAGAUCAACACAACUGGAUCUCUGGAAGCAGUGGCACAGGAGAUAGCAGCUGCGCGUAAGAGUGCAGUUGAAUUGUCCAGUAUUCCGGAGAAGGGAGAGACGAUGGAGCUGGAUAAUUUUGCGGCAGUGAGGGAGAGGGAACUGAUGGCGGAGGUGGAUUUGAAGAGGAAGAUCAGGAUGACACCAGUGUCCACUGAUGACCAGGAGGUUAGAAAACAGCUGAGAUUAUUUGGCCAGCCCAUAACAUUGUUCGGAGAAGGACCUGCCGAACGCAGAGUGCGUCUAAGGGAACUCAUCGCUCUUAGAGACGACGAGAAAUUUAAGAAGCCAGACUUACCUCUCCCUGCUCCUAGAUCCGACUCCGGAACUGGAACAAGCCAGGCGAAUGAAGCCAACAGAACCUGGUACCACGAGGGUCCAGCAGCUCUUAGGACUGCCAGACUUUGGAUAGCGGAAUACUCUUUGCCCAGAGCCGAAGAGAGGUUGAAAAGCCAGCGGAAAUUGAGGCAGGAAGGUGAUGCUUUGAAGUCAUGGAGGGCAAUGUUGCAAGAGCAGCAGAGUACAAUUAGGACACUGUCAAAUUCGCACAGUCAAGUGGGGGAUACAAGACCGCUGACACAUUGCACCUUCUCACCCAACGGAGAGAUUAUUGCGACCGCCUCUUGGACUGGUUUAUGUAAGCUGUGGAACUCCGAAUCCUGCGAGGAAAUUAGAGUUCUACGAGGCCAUAACAUCAACAUGUCCUGUAUCGAGUUCCACCCACACGCAACACUCUCCAUGCCAGACUCCGCCUAUGGAUGUAUGGCCUCAAGUGACCAUUCAGGUGUGGUCAAUCUUUGGUCUCUUGUCAGUGAAACACCGUCAGCUACUCUAACCGGACAUAACUCACGUGUUGCAAAACUUGCUUUUCAUCCGUCUGGAAGGUUUUUGGCAACGUGUUGUUAUGACUCAUCAUGGAGGUUAUGGGACUUAAAUAAGCAAGAGGAGCUGUUAUUUCAAGAAGGCCAUACAAGGCCAACUUAUGACAUAUCGUUUCAAUGUGAUGGAUCAGUGUGCGCUACUGUUAGUUUAGACUGUUUCGGUCGUGUUUGGGAUUUGCGUACAGGUAGAUGUAUCAUGAUCAUGGACGGUCACCAAAGACCUGUCUACAGUGUGAACUUCUCACCAAAUGGCCAUGAAAUGAUAACAGGAUCUGAGGACAAUUGUGUGAAAGUAUGGGACUUGAGAUCGCGAAGAUGCAAUUACACUAUACCUGCUCAUACUAGCAUGGUAACGAAGGUUAAAUUUGAACCGAAUAGAGGACAUUAUAUCGCAAGUGCGUCUUUUGAUGGGACUGUUAAAGUGUGGAGUCACCCAAAUUGGACACCGCUUAUUACUUUAAAAGGCCAUGACAGCAAAGUUACUUGCUUAGAUAUCAAUCAAAACUCGUCGACUCUUUUGACGUGCUCGUUUGACAGGACUUUUAAAUUGUGGAAUCCUGAAUAGUUGAACCAGUUUUGUUUUGUUGAUACUUGAGUAUACAACAUACUUGAUUAUAAAGUUAAUAUUUGAGUAUACUUUGAAUGUAGUUGCAGUAUAAAAAAUCUGUUUUAAAUCUCAAAUUCUGUAAUA